AUGCCGCCUGUACGCAUCAAGUCGCGUCCCUUGCCGGGGACCGACGCCGACCUGCGUUCUCCACCCCUGUUUGAGAUCCGGGAGAAAAUCACGUCUUUGCCAGAUAUUGGGGUAGGAGACAGCUUCCGCGAUGUCAUCAAGAAGCUUUCAGUCUUCUUUGCCAAUGCCGUCACGCUACCUUGCUCUUUCGAACAGCUCCGAACAACGUCGGCCGGAGACAGACUUCGUUUGCUGGUGACACAUCUCAGCAAUACCUGUGAAAAUCCAUGUAUUGUGAAUGCUCUCUUGGCUCUAAAAUGGCAUUAUGGCGCGUCUGGUGACGAUCGUGGCCUUAAUGAGGCCAGGGCCAAUGCUUGCGAAAUUGUCGCCUGGCGCUUCUUGACGCACCUCAGCGAACGCGAGGCCGUCGACUUCUGUCUUUACGAAAUACCCGGAACGAAGAAGGCAUCUGGCGUCGUCGCGGCCAUCACGGAAACCGACGGUAGGGAUGAGGAGAGCCGUGGUGCCGACAAUGACGGUCUUGGCCGUGAUCCCAACGAAACCUCGCCACUGCUGUCACAGCUCUGGUCGUCGGCUCCUGCGGACCAAAGCCGAAACAGCACGCGUCGCUCUGCCGGCAAGCGCUACCAGCUGCUGCAGUCCAUCUCCCGACUGACGAUGAGUAUGACCUACGGCCACGACAACGACGGCGAUGACGACGGGGACGAUGAGGACGACCCUACGGCGCCUUUUGUGCAGCUCAAUGCUCUCGAGAUUGCUGCCAUUGCGGACGCGAAGCGAUUCCUCAGCCAAAAAGUCGUGCAAAAAAUCGUCACCGGUAUCUGGAACGGCGACAUCGUGUUCUGGGGCCGGCUCGAGGUUGAUGCUGUCAAGAAGCCCCAGUUCUACAACCCGCACACAUCUGACCCAUACUCUCGUUUGCGGGUGCCCAAGUACCUCAAGUCUUUUGAGAUUGUGUACUUUAUGCUUUUCCUUGCUAUCUUUUACAUGACUUUGCUUGAUCGAAACCCUGAACAAAUAUCCUUCUCCGAGGGCCUCUUCUACGUCUUUCUGGCUGCGUUUGCCUACGAUGAGAUGAGCGAGUGGAUUGAUGCCGGCUCCAUCUUCUAUGUAUACGAUCUCUGGAAUGUGUUCGACCUGAUCAUGAUCUGCCUCGGCGUUGUCUUCGCCGCUGUCCGCAUGGUUGGACUGUACAAAGGGGACUCCUAUCUCACAAAUUUGGCAUUUGAUAUUUUGGCCCUGGAGGCCAUGUUCAUGGUUCCACGCAUCAGCUCGGUCUUGAGCCUGAGCCCGUACUGGGGAACGCUCAUUCCAUGCUUCAAAGAGAUGACUAAAGAUUUCAUCAAGUUCAUGGUUCUGGUCGUCAUCAUUUACCUGGGCUUUCUUACUACCUUCUCGCUUAUUGGCCGGGACGCCUUCUCGCUUCCACACAUGACCAUGAUCCUCACCAAGAUCUUUUACGGCUCAAGCUACAUCGGCUUUGAUAUCAUGCACGAAAUCGAUCCUGUUUUUGGACCCCCGCUGAUGCUCAUAUUCAUCACCCUGAGUUCCAUCCUGCUCAUGGGCUCGCUGACAGGUAUGCUGAGCAACAGUUUCAGCCGUGUGAUAAGCCACUCGCGGGAGGAGUACUUGUAUGUCUACUCGAUCUACGUGCUCGAGGCAUCGACUAGCAAUCGGCUUACACACUUCUACCCGCCCUUCAACCUCAUCGCGCUGGUCAUCUUCCGGCCGCUGCGACUGUUUUUGCCUUCCGACACGAGAUUUCGUGCCGCACGCAUUGCCCUGCUCAAGGCCACACACAUGCCGAUAGUUGUUGUCAUCCAGUUCUACGAGUUCUUUCGCGGUAAGGUCCAGCACACCAGCGACCGGUAUUCUGUCAUCCAGGGUCCACAUCAACAGACGAUAUCUGGCACCGCCGCUGCCAGCAGAAGAGGCGAGUCAAACUAUGCUAUUGGCUCUGUCAGGGGAGACGCAUCGGAAACGUCCAAGAGACUUGCGUCUCGCCCUUCUACAGGAUACGGGCCGUCGUCAUCCGUGUUGCGAUAUGACCCACGGCCAUUGAGCUCGACAGGCUCUAUACAACCGCUCUCUACGAACACUGUUGCGCCCGGGGCCUCUGUUUCUACGCCAACAGUCAGCAUGUCCGCAGAAGAGGACACGGAGAUGGAGGCACCCAGUGACACUGAGAUUCGCAUCGCAGAGCUGUCAGCCAAGAUUGAUAGAUUGACCGAGAUGGUCUCGCAAAUUAUUGCCUCCGAAAGCAAAACAAAGUAG